UUUGCUGAUCGUACUCUGCCAUACCAGUGACAUAAUUUAACUUAAAUUAAUAGUAAAUUCUUAUAAUAUUAAAUCAGUUUCAAAUAUUUAAUAUAUUGUUUCAAUUUUUUAAUUCAAUUUUAUUAAACUAAAUAUACUAAUAGUAUAAUAAUAUUUUAAUAACAUGCCGUCAAUAUAUUCCUUAUUAAUGAAUAGAUCUUUACCGUAUAAAGUUGGAUAUAUUAAAGUAAAUAAUUAUGAUGGAAUUUUUACUAGUGGUGUUAAACAACGUGAACUUACAGAGUGUACAGAGUGUAGAAGGCAAAUUGAAGUGGGUUGUGAUAGUGAUGGUGAAACCAUGAUCAAUAUAAAAAUUGCAACCUGUAUGACGAGUGGAACAUUUGAUGGAAUAAAGGAGAAAUGGUUUCAUGUCGAAUGUUUUUUUAAACUUUUUCACGAAGUAAAACUCUACGAAAUUUCGAACAUAGAUAAUAUUCGAUGGGAAGAUCAAAAAUUGAUAAGGAAAAGAAUCGGUGAAGACACUAGUUUUCCAGAAAUAGAAAAACAAAAUGCUGAUUUUUUUAAACUAAGAGAUGAAUUAAAAAAGUUGAAAAAUGCGGAAUUGAUCAGAUUAAUGGAACAUAAUGAACAAUAUCUUCUUUCGAAGCAAAAAGCUAUCAUAAAAAAACAAUGCAGUGAUUUUGAUUAUAAUCAAAUUUUAUCUGAUAUUCGGGAUCAAGUUGCUGAUCGAAUGUUAUUUGGAUCGUUGCAACCAUGUAAAAAGUGUGAUAAAAAUAUAGUAAUAUUUGAACCAGGAAUCGGUUAUAAAUGUCUGGCAUAUUUAAGCAUUGGAACAGUUCAAUGUUUGUAUGUCACAGAUGAUCCAAAGAGAUGUAAAUUUAAGUUAAUUGACGAAAUGAAAAAUAAAUAUGGUUUUCUUGGAAAUUACGAGCCUAAAAUUGAAAAAAGAAUAAUUCAAGUUCCACCUACAGAAGAUUACCAGUACUCGGGUCAAAACAUUAAUGAAAACAAUACGAGUAAUGAAAUUAUUAUACUACGCUCAAACAACGAACUUGAAUUGAGUACUUGCGUUUAUGAAGACGGUGGUGUAAAGAAAUCGAUAAUGCUUGUACAAACUAAUAUUCAGUUCAACGAAAAUAAGUAUUACCAUCUAGAAAUUCGCAAACAUAAAAGAAAUAAGACAUGUUGGCUUCUUCGAAAAUGGGGAAGAAUAGGAACCUUUUCUCGUGAGGAAAUGGUUGAAACAAUGAAACUCGAAGAAUGUCUUAAAAAAUAUGAAGAACUCUAUCUCCAAAGAAAAAAAAAUUACACUGAACUGGAGAAAGACACAAAUUUUCAUGAUAAAAUUGAUAAGGUGACAAAAGUAGCAAAAAAACCAAUAAAAAAUUUUAUGAAACUUAUCUAUGAUAAAAAUAUUUUAAAAGAAGAAUUUAGAACUUACGGGAUUGAUUUGGAACGAAUACCGAUUGGAAAAGUAUCAGAAAAUCAGAUUAAUAAAGCUGAAAAUGUUCUAGAGGAGCUUAAAAGAAAAAUUGAUGACGAUACAUUACCUAACAGAAUAUUUCAUUUAAUAGAUAAGUCCAAUAAAUUUUAUUCUUUGAUACCACAUGCAUUUGGGUAUAAACGGCCUCCAAUAAUAGACGAUUUGACAAAGUAUAAGAAAGAGGUAGAAGAGUUAAAAUCCUUGAAAGAAAUGACUGUUCCAUGUAAUUUUAAUAAUCCUCAAGUAAAGGGCAACAGAAAUCUAUUGGAAAUCUUUUAUCGAAAGUUGAAUGUAGAAAUUGAAGUGCUUCAAGACCAUGAUUAUUUCAAAAUUAUUAAACAAUACCUUGAAAACACUCAUGAUCAGUUGGGCGGGCGUUAUAAAAUAGAAAUGAAAAUAAAGAAUAUAUAUUUUCUCAAGAAACAUGGAAAUUACCAUGAUGAGUAUGAGGAACACUCUACAAAUAUUGAAAAUAAAAAAUGGCUUUGGCAUGGUACCAAUUUAAUUAAUAUUGCUAGUAUUUUGAAGAACGGCUUGAAAAUUAUGCCACUUGAAGCGCACAUAACAGGAUCUUUACUUGGAAAGGGUAUUUACUUUUCGGAUGUCGCUACUAAAGCGGCAAUUUUUUCUGGAACUAAAAAUAAGAAUCCAACAGGUGUUUUACUUCUUUGUGAAGUUGCUUUGGGUACUGCGGAGGAACGUUUUGAAUAUGGUUUUAUUGAUGAAUUACCAGAUCAACGUCACUCAGUUAUUGGUAAAGGCAGAAUUUAUCCGGAUUCUAACAAUUCAUUCAAGAUCCCAGAAGGAGUAGAAGUUCCCUAUGGACGGUUGAUUUUUGACCAAACAUUUGCAACUCAAUUCGAUCAUAAUAUGUACGUUGUGUAUAAUCCUAACCAAGUCAAAAUCAAAUAUCUGGUGGAGGUACAAUUCAUAAAUUACAAGGUCAACGACAAUUAUAGAAAUUCAGACCGUUAUCAAACUAAAAGAGCUCGACUAAGUUAAUGUGAUUGUAUCAAAUUUACACAAUGAAAUGUUAAAUAUCGUCGGUGAUAACAUACACGGAGAGAAAAUUAUGGUAACAGUUACAAUAUAUUAUGGGAAUAGUUCCCAUACUGCAUGGUAACCAGUUUUUGUUGAAAUGUUGAUUAUAGGAACGGCACCCAUAUAUAUUAUGGUAAUCAUUCCUAUAAUUAUGGGCAUAAUUCCCAUACGGUAUCGGAAUAGUUCCUAUGGA